AUAAGGGGUGUCACAUAUAUAUAUUAUAGAUUUUCAGUGCUAGCAAUCAAUCAUAUCGGAACGCAACCAUAAUCUACUGAAAACUUCCCGUUUUCAUCCUUUCCUAAUACUGUCAUCAUUCACUGCGAAUAUUCGCGGCGAAAGUCCAUAGAAGGUGUUACCUCGGAACAUAGGAACGUACUUAGAACGUACUUAGUCGAUAGCAGUACGUAUGAGAAUAUUCUGAGAUGAUCGCAAUAUACACAUUGCGAUCUUCUCAGAACAUACUCAGAACGUACGCGUGCUGUUAGGGUAGGGGAGUUAGCGGUCCAAUGUAUAGUAUAAAUGUUUAUGAUCAAGACUUCAAAGUUCAUUUUAGGUACCAUUUAUGCACACAAAAUUUUUUUGUAAAAAUCUAUUUUUAUCAAAAUAUUUAUGUAUAACACUACGUACCAUAAUAUUUAUAUGUUUAUGACAUCACGUCUGUACAUUACAGCGCUUUGCUACAUUACUGGCAUUCUGAACGCAUUCACUGAAUUUGCAAGGGUGACACCUGUUUGACCACAUCCUGAUUGACCACUAGCCAUUUAUAAGGGUCGGAGCUUAGAAUUUUUUCACUGUUCAAGCGCUGUGAGUGGCUAGUGAUCAAUCGGGACGUGGUCAAACGGGUGUCCCCCAAUUUGCACAGUGUGAAAAUCUUUUUGAUAUGAUUGGUUUUGUUCUUAUCUAUCUAAAUGUAUAAACCAAUCAUAUUGAAGAAUCUUACACAAUUGCAAAGUUGCUUUGGGUGCUUUCCAUUUAAUAUCCAAAUGAUACUUGUGUCGACUUGUGUCACUAAAUGGAAAGCAUCUUUUUUUUUUUUUACUGAAUACGCAGCCGAUAAAGAUUGAAUCGCGUUGGGCAACUCUUCAGAUGGCGCCGCGUUAGCGCGUGCAGUGCAGUCUUGUCUGUAGGCGUCAUGAUGGUGCGUAGCUGCAUCAUUUUCGAGAGUGAAACCGAUGCGAGUUUGUUGUGAAUCGAAAACAACGCGGGGGAAUUUCACUGUUCUUCGGUGGUGUUAUGGUGGUUUGUCCCCGGUCGGGGCGUCAGUAUUCGUUCUACGACGCCGUGGCAAUGAUGCGGCACGGUAGCGAUGAGCGUCGCCGCGCGAUCAUCUAAGCCGAACAGUAAACUCUCUGAUACACGGUGGUUCGCGGUGCGUUUGUGUGCGUGUACGUGAUCGUACGUAUACGUGCGCGAUGUCGCGGUGCUCGGAGAGGCGUCGUCGUCUCGCACGAUUAUUCGCGUGGAAAUGGAGUGCCGCGUUCCUCCCGCUCGUGUACGUGCUCGCGUUGAGCGCGUCGCCGACCGUCAACGCCGAGGCAAGCGACAAGACGGACCGCUGCCCGGUUGAAUGCUCCUGUCUCGGCAACCUGGUCGCCUGCAGUAAUCUCCAGCUGAUCGAGGCGCCCAGCGGCUUACCACCGUGGACAGAGAUCUUAGAAUUAAAGGACAACAAUAUUGCUAACUUGGAAUUUGAUUCCCUGCGUCACUUAACAAAACUCAAAAAAUUAGAUGUAAGUGCUAAUAAGCUCGGAAAUAACUUUACUAUUGCCUUGUCAGAUAUUGCACAAUUACGUGAACUUAAAGUGAAUAAAAAUCACUUGACACAAGUGCCAGAACUUGUAUUUGUUAAGAAUAUUACUCAUCUUAUGCUAUCCCACAACUUAAUUACUAGUAUAAAUGGUACUGCAUUGCUUAGUUUACAACAACUUCAAUAUUUGGAUCUCAGUGGAAAUAAAAUAAGUGUCCUUCAAAAGAAUUCUUUCUUUAGUCCCAAUCGACUUAUACAUUUGAAUCUAAAUGCAAAUCACAUAAGAAUCAUCGAAAAUGGAAGUUUAGAUAACUUAACUUUGCUGGAGGAACUUCGUUUAAACAAGAACAAUUUGAUGCAGUUGAAAGAUCUUUUCAUGAAUUUAGGAGAAUUACGAAUAUUGGAAAUAAAUAGAAAUAAUCUACAAAAAAUACAUGGACUAAGUCUAAAAAAUUUAAAGAAUCUAAAAGAAUUAUAUCUAAAAAGAAAUAAAAUUGAUACAUUGGAUGACGGAGCUUUUUGGCCACUUAAAAAUUUAGAAUUACUGCAGUUGGAUUUUAAUACAUUGACCACUAUAAAAAAGGGAGGUUUGUUCGGAUUAGAACAUUUGAAAAAGCUGACGUUAUCUCACAAUCAAAUUUCAACGAUCGAACCUCAAGCAUGGGAUGUAUGCAAAGAGAUAAUAGAGCUGGACUUGUCACAUAACGAAUUAAUUUCUAUUGACCGGGGUUUGUUCGAAUAUCUUACAAAGCUGGAGAAGCUUAAACUGGAUCAUAAUAAAAUUGCAUAUAUUUCGGAUGGAGCAUUCAAUUUUACAACAAAUCUUCGUAUUUUGGAAUUGAAUUCGAACAAAAUAUCCUAUAUGGUAGAAGAUAUCAGUGGCGCAUUUUCUCCGCUCGGUCAGUUGUGGAAAUUAGGUUUAGCGCACAAUAGAAUAAAAUCUAUAAAUCAGAAUGCUUUUAUUGGUCUGAGUCGUGUUGUCGAGCUUGACUUAAUCGGAAACAAUGUUACGUCCAUUCAAGAAAAUGCUUUCCUUUCAAUGACUAAUUUAAAAAAACUUAAAAUGAAUACUGGAGCCUUAGUUUGUGACUGUGGACUUCAGUGGCUAAGUAUGUGGCUACCAGACCAUCCUUAUGAUGAAGCUGAGUUACACUGUGGUUAUCCACAUUGGUUGCAGGGCAUGUCAUUAACUCAGUUACAUUAUGCAAACUUUACUUGUGAUGAAUAUCCAAAACCACGGAUUAUUCAAGAACCCGUGAGCCAAAUGAGCAUCAAAGGAGAGAACGUGACAUUAGUUUGCCGCGCAACCAGCACUGCUGACACACCGCUUCAUUUUAUCUGGAAACAUGAUAAUGUGGAGUUGGACGAUGCAAAUCUGCAGACCACUUUGAGUUCCUCCGAGAGCGGAGUAACCGAAGCAACAUCUGUUUUAUACCUUACUAACAUCAGCUAUGCUAACGCGGGAAAAUAUCAGUGUAUGGUAAUGAAUACUUAUGGAACUACAUAUUCAGCCAAAGCCAGACUAAGUGUGUUGGUUUAUCCAUCAUUCUCCAAAAUUCCACAUGAUAUACGAGCGAAUGCCGGAAGCACCGCUCGUCUAGAAUGCUCUGCCGAAGGACAACCGUCCCCGCAGAUAGCUUGGCAGAAGGAUGGUGGAAACGAUUUUCCAGCUGCGAGGGAAAGACGAAUGCAUAUGAUGCCGACCGAUGAUGUGCUGUUCAUAGUAGAUGUGAAAAUGGCCGACAGUGGAGUUUAUUCGUGUACCGCGCAAAAUUUGGCUGGUCUUAUCGUUGCAAACGCCACACUUACAAUAUUAGAAACACCAUCAUUCGUAAAACCAAUGGAGAAUAAAGAAAUAAUGGUAGGUGGCUCGAUCGUGCUCGAAUGUAUGGCCAGUGGUUCACCACGUCCGAAAUUAUCAUGGCGGAAGAACGGUAGUCCGUUACAAGCAACAGAGCGUCAUUUCUUCACUGCGGAGAAUCAAUUAUUGAUUAUUGUCAAUACGAUCGCCAGUGAUGCCGGUAAUUACGAGUGCGAGAUGAGUAAUUCGUUAGGCAGCGUCGUUGGUGCGUCAAAGCUCACAGUCAAACCAGCUCCGACUUCCACGUUGAAUGAAUCUGAAAUAUUGGGUCUGAUAAUAAUAACUGUGGUGUGUUGUGCCGUCUUUACUUCCGUGGUUUGGGUGCUCGUAAUUUACAAAACUAGACGCCAAUUGAAUUCCACGCAGGACAUCGCUGUACAGCCGGCAACGACUGUUAUACUGACCGUACCAGAGGUACAGACACAAUUAUAUUUAGAUACAAGUUCGCAACACAGCAAGGACAGUGGAACCGGAGACAGUACUAAUCCUAGCAACGAUCAGCUACAAUUGUGUUUACCUGAAGAGACCGUGAUUAGUUCUGUCAAUAACGAGGAAGAAAUGGGAACUAUAAACGUUGACGAUCCUCUCUUACGUUACACAAAUCACGAGCGGCAUGCAAGUGAAAACGCCGAUAGCGCAGUCUAAAAAAACGAAGUAUGCGAAAUAUGCGUUAAAUGGAACAGGAUCGUCCAUUUGACCACGUUGUAAUUGAACAUGCCCAUUCUUUUUUUUCCUCUCCUUUUGAGAAAAAUGGAUUUCCAACUCACUUUAACCGAUCACAGAGCCGAUCUCACGAUCUCUCUUUGAUCGGUUGAUUAAAUUUAGCAAUUGUCAAUUGCAAAAUUUAAA